AUGUUUCAUUUUCUAUUAAAAGCAGGCAGGCAACAACAACACCAGUUUCCCCGUGAUAUGCCUUUGGUAGCAGCCCACAUCAGAAGCUAGUCGAUUUGUGGAGUGCGGCACAAGUAAAUAAUACUUGGGAUUAUUAAAUAUUCUUUUUCCGCCACAAGCAACAAUUGGAAAUCAAUCAAACUGGCGUCGUUUAAGCGAAAUAACGACAAUAUAGGCAAUUACAAUAACAAUAUAAUGUGGAGUAGUACAAUAUCGCCAACAAAUUCUAAGAAACUAUUGAUCGGUAGUACACGAAGCGUUGAUUAUGUCGGUGAUAGUGCGAGAACAACAACAACAACAGCAGCAGCAGCCAAUAUUAAAACAGCAGCAGCAGGAGCAGGAGCAGGAGCAGGUGCAGGCACAGCUAACAAAGGAGCAACGACAAAAGCGCAACAAAAAGCAGCAACAGCAACAACAACAAUACCAGCGAAUACAACAAAAAUCUCAAUUGAAAUGGAGUUACAUAUACAAAAUAAGUGCAUUUCGGCAUAGCGUAUCACUCUGGAGGGUGGUGCAGAGCCGCCAUGGCUGCAGGGCCCCCUUAAAGCUGCAUUUUUGGGGGCUACUGGCGUCGGCAAAACAAGCAUAUUACAACAAUUUUUCUACCAUGACUUCCCCAAAACUCAUCAGACGACAACUCAUCGCAAAAUAUAUAAAAACUGUUUGGUCUGCGAUACCUGCAUACGGGAGCUGAUGGUACUGGACGUUCCACCCCAGAAGCGAUUUCCGGCUGAUAACUUUGCUGAAUGGAAUAAUGGACAUCCGCUGGGGUUGCGAACGGUGCACGCCUAUGUUCUCGUCUAUGAUAUGGGCAAUUUGGAAACGUUUCAGUACUGCCGCUCCAUAAGAGAUCAAAUCUUGGAUAGUUUCAGUCAUCGUGAUUUUAGCAUAAUUGUGGUGGGCAAUAAAUAUGACAAUGUGACUGAGGCGCAGGCUAACUCGCAGGAGCUCAAGGACAUCUCUACGCUGGUGCGUAAACAUUGGCGUUGUGGAUAUGUCGAGUGUUCGGCGCAAUACAACUAUAAAAUCGGCGACGUUUUUCGAGAGCUAAUGGGCUGUCGCAGCGGUGGAGUUAGCGGCACAGCUGGCGGCGGCAUCGCCGGCGGUCCUGUUGGCACUGACUACUCACAAUCAACUAGGAAUAAAGGACGCUGUACAAUACUCUAGCAAAUGCUGCAUAAGUUUUUAAAGCAAACAUUUUGAUCAAAUGCAUAAUAUAUACAUACAUAUACAUACAU